AUGAUGGUGUCCGCGCAGGGGGAGCACCUCCUUCUCGAUGGAUCCAAAACGCCUGCAGAGAAUGCUCUGGAGCUUCUUUCAGCCGGAGAGCAAGGUGGCAGCUUGAGCGCAGAAGAUUCGGCCUUUGCGGGUGCUUUCACCGCAGAACCCCAGGCGAUGCAGAGCUGCCUCGGCGCAUUCGACGCUGCCCUGCGAGAGUUGACCCUGAAGCAGUGCUUGCAAGAUGUCCAGAUAUGGCAGCACAGCUGCAGUCAAAAUCCAUUGCUGCAGCUGGUGCUGCUGCACCAGGUCGGCUUGAAAGGUGGGCACAAGGCGUGGUCGGCACUCGGGGUCAGCGAUGACUCGGUGCUGGACACUGUGGGACAGGUGGCAGUGCUCCUCGAUGGCCAGCAAUCGGCAAGUUCGAAGAAGCUUGUAGAGUUUGACUUGAGGCCGGCUGCUUGGAGCAUUCUCCGAGUGUUGGGAGAGGAGCGGAUCGCCUCGUCAGCACAUGCCAUGACCGCCGGCCAAGCUCUGGCCCUGCACGAGCACUUUGCUGAGGCACUUACCUCUUCGGCGAUGUUGCCGUUGCUGGAAGCGGCGCUCGCAGAUGCUGCAACGGCGCCUUUGGUCGAGGAGCACGUUCUGUCCCUCGCCCUGGCCUUCGAAGCUCACGGCCUGGCUGAGAAAUGUGUCUGGGACAAAUUCGCCUUGCUCCUUGCGCGCUGCUGGUCAAGUCUGGACAACAGGUCCCUGCUGGCAGCCAUGUUAGUUUUGCCGGAGCUCCUCAGAGCAGCACCAGGUGAGCUGGAGUCAGCAUUGGUGCCUCUGUGUGAGACCAACUUGCUGUCUUCCCUUCCGUAUGGUUGCGUUGUCUGGCUGCUGGACUCGUGGGCUUCGUCGGCUUCGUGCGCCGGGAAGCGCUUCCCCUCUUUGCUGGCGCAGCUGCUUCGACCUGCCGUGGCACGCCAUCUGCUUGAUUUCGAUGUCAGGAGGCUCAUAGCAGCCUCCCACAUAUUGGACACCUCUGAUGGUGACGGGGUGGUGGACAUUCUGCUCUUCUGGCAGAGCUGGAUGGAGCAUUUGGUGUCCGAGUGCAAGGUGAAGACCUGGCGAUGGAGUCGAUGUCAAGAGGCCUUGCGGGAGGUGGCUCAAAGCCCAACUCUCAGCGCGACGCAAACUCCGAGCCUGGGUGACAUGAUUAUGGAAGGCAUUCUCCUGACGGAGUUGGUCCGGGCCAAGGAAGACUUGCCGUUGGAGCUCUUGCUGGAUGUGGGACGCCGCCUCCCAGAGGAGGGCCGAGCCGAGCUCCGAGGAGCCCUGCACCAGCUGCUGUGGCACUGCCUCGCCGGACGUGGUGGCAGCUUGUCGCUCCUCAACGCCGUGUCCGUGGCGCAGGGGGAGACAUUUCUUCCAUGCGAGCCUGGUUCGAAGCUCUUCGUUGCUCUCGUGGACCACAUCGUGAAAGUGCUUCGGCAGACGUCGUCGGCUUCCUCCGUCAGCUUCUUCUGCCGUUGCAGGCCGAGCCCGGCCUUGCGGCAAGCCGUGCUCGAGAAGCUGAGAGGUUGGCAGCGGUCACAGGACGAAGUGCCAGGAGGAGAGCACCGCGAGGAGCCCGUGAGGAGCUGUCAGCGCGACAGCCCGGCCGUCGCCCGGCGACGUGGCGACGUGAGAGGCCCUGAACGCGCUCUCAGACUCGAGCUAAUGCACGCUCCAGUACCGCUCGGUUGA